AUGUUAGAUGAAAUUCAUAGACAAGAACGUGAAGAGAUGGAAAAGAAACUUCAUGCAAAAGAUGAAGUCAUUGAAGCAAAAGACAAAAACAUUCAGAAAAGAAUACCACGUUCGGUACCAAAAGGAAAGGAAAAGAACUAUAAGUAUAUGAUUUAUACUGAAGAGAUGGAAAAUGAAGAAGACAGAGAUAUGGUUAUGUUGCAUUUAGUCAGAAGAAACAACAAAAGCUUUUACGACCUUGCUAAGAUUUACAAAUCUGACAGAAAUUGGUUCUAUCGCGAAAACUUACCGAUUUCAAUGACCCCAAAUGAAGAUGUGAAACAAAUAGUUCAAGAUACUUUACCUCAAACACACUAUGAUAUGAAAGGUUGUACAAUACUUACCUUCAAAGAAGACUUACCGCUACUGAAGGAAAAAAUAACAGAGUAUUUUGACAACUUCAAACAAGUAGGGUAG